AUGGAGAAUUGGGGUGAGUGAACAGAAGGCAUUGGAGAGAAAAAUGAAAGUGAUCGACGGCUUCUUCUUUUUUUCUCAGGCAUGAUCACAGUCCGACAAGCCGAGGGACUCUACCAGGAGAAGCUGUUCCCGAUCACCCAGAAACAUCAUGCUCAGGAGAUUAUCGCUCACGAGGUGGCGCAUCAUUGGUUCGGCAAUCUGGUGACGAUGAAGUGGUGGAACGACAUGUGGCUCAACGAGGGAUUCGCCACGAUGAUCGGCGUCAAAGCUGUCGAUCAUCUCGAGAAUACGACGUGGCGAUAUGUAAGUAACGUUUCCGUCAGUACCCCUCACCCAGGCCAGCAAUUUUUUUCCAGGAAGAUCACACCGCCGAGCUGAUGUGCUUCUCUCUGCGCGCCGAUCAAGAGGAGCGCAGUAUGGCGGUCAGUCCGAGCAAAGAAGUGGACAUGCUUCGGCAUCUGGAGCUGCACGCCAAUCAGAAGACGAUCAUCUACAAGAAGGCGGCGAUUAUCAUGCGAAUGAUCGAGCGGCUCGUCCAGGAGGACAUCUUUCAGCAGGGUCUCAACCGCUUCUUGAGCACUUUUAUGUACAAGAAUGCGGAUCAUGAGGAUCUGUUCAAUGUGCUUGUCUAGUAAGUUUCAACGCUUCUUCUUCAUUUCAUCUCAUCUCAACUCUAGUGUGCACGAUUCCUCGGCCGGCGGUCAUCUCAGCGGCCAGAACUUUUCGCUGUCGGAUGUCAUGAACACGUGGAUCCGUCAGGCACACUUUCCGGUGGUUCACGUGAAUCGCAAAGAAGGUAGCAUUGUGACACUGCGACAGGAACGAUACAUAGUAGGCCAGAUCUCCAAGCGUCAUCGACGUGGUUACACUUUCAGCACGUUCCUCACCACCCGCGACUCGACAAGCACGAGUACGUGUGGAAAGUGCCGAUCUUCUACGAUGAGCCGGUGUCCGGAAAGCAUAAAGUGUUCUGGCUGACCGACACGCAGCCGGUCGUGUUCGAUAUGGCCGGCCAGUUGGUCGUCGAUCCGCAUCAGUUGACGUACAUGCGGUUGCGGUACGACGACUCGAUGUACUCGGCGAUCACGAUGAAGCUGCUCGCGGAUCACACGGCGAUUCCGACAAACUCGCGCAGCAGACUGCUCGACGACACGCUCGCGAUGGCCGAGCACGGACAAAUGAGCUACAAAGUGCCGUUCAACAUCUCCAUGUACAUGACGAAAGAGGUGAGCGACUUUAUAUAA